UCACAUCCACGUCCAAUUGCUCAUCAAAAUACCUAUUUAAUUGUGAACAUGAAAGGAUUACCUGCACCAGGUGUUGUUCUCGAGAUUUCACUAAUUGAUUACUAUGGUGAGGAAUUAUUCUCUAAACCGGCUACCAUGCAUAUGCAAAAUCCCUAUCUAUAUUAUAUUGGACCAUUUAUACCACCACAAGGAUUGUUUUUUGUUCGUGUCAAAGGUGAAGAUGAUCGAUCAUAUCAAUUUCAACGGAUCGCUCCUACUGCAAUAUCUGCCGUACAAACCGCUGGACCAAGAGCAUAUAUGGCUGAUCGUAUGACAGCAAUCGUUUCACAACCAUUCAAUUUGACAUGUUCAGUAGUUUCAAAGGGUCAAUUUACACUUUAUUGGUACAAAGGUAACAAACAACUCAGUGAGCCACUUUUUUAUCCAUAUUCGGAUACAUCUAUUUGGAAUUUUCAAGUAGUUACACCGCAAGAUCGUGGUGAAUAUCAUUGCACAGUUAUUAGCUCCUCUGGAAAUCAUACUGUUACCAUAUUUCUCGAAACAGAAGAACCAGCACCUGAGAUUACACUUAUUCGAAACGAGUCAGUAGCACGUGGAAAUUCAGCAUUUUUACAUUGUCGUACUCAUAAUUUGAAUGCUGUAAUUCAGUGGCUAAAAGGAGAUUCAGUGAUCGAUAAUACGGCUAAAACGCGUUUAUAUGCUAAUGGUACGUUAAGGAUAAGUGAUGUCAAUAUGCAAGAUGCGGGCAUUUAUCGUUGUCGUGUACAAACAUCAGGAGGUCGUGCUGAAGCUAUCAUGCACUUACGUGUCUUAGAAAUUCCCAAAGUUCACGUUACGCCACACCAAUUAUAUUUCGUACGUGGGCAAUCAUUCAAUACUUCCUGUUCUGUUGAUGGUGAUGUGCCUCCGGAACCGAAAUGGUACUUCAAAGGUCGUCGAAUUAUUCCAGAUUUUCAAAAAUACUACAUCACUUAUAAAUAUGAUUUGAUUGUGCAACAAGCAACAGAGGCUGAUGCUGGAGUAUAUGAAUGUCGUGCAAGUAAUGCUGCUGGUUCCCAUGCAGAUAGCACGGUGGCGCAAAUGUCAACUCCUCCAAAAAUUCGUGUUAUCCGUGAUCGACAAAUGAUUGGCAGAGGUGAUCGUGUCACGUUGGAAUGCAUCAUAGUACAUGGGAAUCCAAAGCCAAUAGUCACAUGGUUCCGUGAAGGACGUGAAGUUCGAAGUUACAAAUAUAUUAUGAUUGAUCAAAAUAAGCUCACAAUUCAGGGAGUACAAGAUUCUGAUGCCGGAUCGUAUACCUGUGUUGCACAGAAUUUAGCUGGACGCGAUUUAGGAAUAAUCAAUCUUGAUGUCGGAAGUAUGCCAACAAUUGUGCCAACUCCCGAAAUAGUUCGAGUGAAUAUUGAACGAUCCGUAACACUUCAGUGUCGUGCAAUAGGAUAUCCUGUACCAAAAAUUACUUGGAAUCGUAAUGGAGUACCAAUUGAAAAAUUAACUUCUCGUAUCAAAAUUCUUCCAGAUGGAAGUCUUCUAAUUAACAAUGUUCAAGUAGAUGAUCAGGAUCGUUAUACAUGUACUGCGGAGAAUACAUUCGGUCGUCAAGAUCGAACAACUGCAUUACUAGUCACUGGACUUGUGAGCCCAGUGUUAGGUCAUGUGUCACCAGAGGAGAAACUUAUAGAAGGUGGUGAGCUUCAUCUAUCAUGUGUUCCGGUUCUUGGUACACCAAAACCAACUCUCAGAUGGUAUAAAGAUGGUAAACCAUUACAAUCCUCUACUUAUGUUACGAUAAAGUCAGGUGGCAGCCUUCUGUUGUUACGUAAAGGUCGUCCACAAGAUGAAGGUCAAUACACCUGCGUUGCGACAAAUUCAGCUGGCAAUGCCUCUCUCAAUGUUAAUAUCGAAUUGAUCAAAAAACCCUAUAUCAAGAAGAAUGAUGCAUUGCAAUAUACGACAUCCGCAGGAAAAGUAUUGGAAAUCCCGUGUCACGCUACUGGAAAACCACAACCAAAAGUAAUUUGGAGUAUCAAUGGUAAACCGAUUAGUUCCAGUGAUCAAGAAUAUGAGAUUCUGCCUGAUAACACGUUACGAAUUCAUCAAGCAAGCAGUAGCCAUGCAGGAAAAUAUAUUUGUACCGCUUCUAAUAUAGCAGGUGAAGCAAAAACAGCAACUGAUGUGGUCAUUCUUAGUCCACCUGUUAUUGAACUUGGACAAAUUUCUUAUAAUUUAAUUCAGGGCAAUAAAAUUACAUUGCCUUGUAAAGUUCGCAGUGAUUCUGUGCCAAUGAUCACUUGGUAUUUGAAUGGUAAAGAAUUUAAAGAUGGUCACAUAGCUAAAGAUGGUUCGUUGACUAUUGAAAAGGUCGACGAGCAGCAUCGUGGACAAUUUAAAUGCGUUGCAUCAAAUAAUAUUGGAAAGGAUGAAAAAGUAAUCACUUUAACGGUACAUACAGCUCCAACUAUUGAAGGAUCUGAUCAGUUGAAAGUUGUAAUUACGAAUGUUAAUCAAUCAGUACUGCUACCAUGUCCUGCUCGAGCUUUUCCAUUACCAUCGAGAACAUGGAGUUAUGAGGGUGAUCGGAUUUAUAGUGGUUAUAGCCAUGGAUCUGAGAUGAUUUAUACACAUGAUGGAUCAUUAGAAAUAGUAACACCUCAAAUGAAUCAUGCAGGUCGUUACACCUGUCAUGUAUCCAAUUUAGCUGGUGAUGAUCAUAUAACAUAUUUGUUGAAGAUACAUGAACCACCGAAAAUCAUAUCUAACAUACCAGGUACCAUUGUUGUUGUUCUUGGUCUUAUGCUGGAAAUUCCCUGUCGUGCUGUUGGAACACCAGAACCAACAAUUACCUGGGAAAAAGACGGCUUUCAGAUCAUACCGGAUGAUAUUAUUCAUAUCGAUUCAGCAGGCACAAUACGUAUCGAAAAAGCGCAGUCGUCACAUCGUGGAAUUUUUCGUUGUAUUGCAACAAAUCCAGCUGGACGUGAUGAACGGAAUACACUCGUAAUUGUGCAAGAACCACCAAUAAUUUUACCGAAUACAUUAUCGGAUUACACCACUGUGGAAGGUGAUCGUAUUGAAUUACGCUGUUUUGCUAGCGCUAAUCCAUCCCCAACAAUAACAUGGAGUCGAAAAGGAAUUCCGAUAUUGCACGAUACACCGAGAAUGCACGUAAAUAAGGAUGGUACUUUAAUUAUCGAUAACGUGGAAAAUGAUGAUGCCGGUCACUAUAUAUGCAAAGCAUCAAAUGCUGCUGGCGAUACAGAAAAGGUGGUCCGAUUAACUGUUAUAAUUCCACCUGACAUUCCUGAUCAGGAAACGAUUAUAACGGAAGCAGUUGCUGUUGGGCAACCAUUCAGUCUUUACUGUCCGGUACUCUCCAUCCCACUACCACAGAUCACGUGGUAUUUGGAUGACCGUCCAAUAGUGGAAAGCGAUGCAAAUAUUGUUCUUUCGGAUGAUCAGAGACGUUUACACAUUUUGAAAUCUCGAAUAAUGGAUGCUGGAAGUUAUAAAUGUGUGGCACGAAAUCCGGCUGGCGAUUCAGCAAAAAUAUUUGAAGUCGAAAUUAUUGUACCACCUAAUCUGAAUCAGAGCAUGCAUAAAACCAAAGUAACAGUACUGGAAAAUGAGCAUAUCGAGUUAGGUUGUCCAAUAUCAGGUGUACCGGAGCCUGAUAUUGCUUGGCUUGUUAAUGGAGAACUUCUUGAAGAAGGUAUCACAAAACGUGGUGUAAUAUUGGCAUCAGAUGGAAAGUCGGUGAUAAUAGAAUCCGCGCAAUUGGAACAUGAAGGAAUGUACACGUGCGUUGCAACAAACAAAGGUGGUAGUUUGGACAUCGAUGUUCAUCUCGCUGUUCUCGGUAACGCUUUUUUUUUCAGAUAUUAA